AUGGAUCCGCGCGUGGCCUGGAUCCAGCCGGAGCAGAAGGGGCCGGCCAAUGCCCUGUGGAUGCAGAUCUGGGAGACCUCGCAGGGCGUGGGCCGCGGCGGCUCGGGCUUCGCGUCUUACUUCUGCCUCAAUUCGCCCGCGCUGGACACGGCAGCCUCGGCGGGGGCGGCCGGGCUGGGCGGCGGCGGCGGCCUGGCCGGGCCCGUGCUGCCCGCCGCGUCGCCCCCGCCGCCCGCGGCCGGCCCCGCCGCGCUGCCCCCGGCGCUGCUGACGGCGCUCGGGCCCGCGGCGGAGGGUGCUCGGCGCCUGCACAAGUCGCCGUCGCUCUCGUCCUCGUCCUCGUCCUCGUCCAACGCCGAGUCGGGCACCGAGAGCCCGGGCUGCUCGUCGUCGUCCUCGAGCAGCGCCUCGGUGAGCCGGGCGGGCGGCGGCGGCGGCGGCCGCGGCGGCGAUGCCUUCUUCCACUUCGCCGACGGCCCGCCCAGCGCCCCCGGCGCGGCCAACGGGCACCCCGGGGCGCGCGGCCCCGCGCCCGCCGGCUCCCCGCCGCAGCACCAGUUCCACCCGGGCCGCCGGAAACGCGAGAACAAGGCCAGCACGUACGGCCUCAACUACCUGCUGUCAGGCAGCCGCGCGGCCGCGCUGAGCGGAGGGGGCGGCCCGGGCCCCCAGGCGCCGCGGCCCGGCACCCCGUGGAAGAGCCGGGCGUACAGCCCAGGCAUCCAGGGACUUCAUGAGGAAAUAAUUGACUUCUAUAACUUCAUGUCCCCUUGUCCUGAAGAAGCAGCCAUGAGAAGAGAGGUGGUGAAACGGAUUGAAACUGUGGUUAAAGAUCUUUGGCCAACAGCUGAUGUCCAGAUAUUUGGCAGCUUUAGUACUGGUCUCUAUCUUCCAACUAGUGACAUUGACUUAGUGGUCUUUGGAAAAUGGGAGCGACCUCCUCUCCAGCUGUUGGAGCAGGCCCUGAGGAAGCACAACGUGGCUGAGCCGGGCUCCAUCAAGGUUCUGGACAAAGCUACAGUACCAAUAAUAAAACUUACAGACCAGGAGACUGAAGUUAAAGUUGACAUCAGCUUCAACAUGGAGACUGGGGUCCGGGCAGCAGAGUUCAUCAAGAAUUAUAUGAAGAAAUAUUCAUUGCUGCCUUACUUGAUUUUAGUAUUGAAACAGUUCCUCCUGCAGAGGGACCUGAAUGAAGUUUUUACCGGUGGAAUUAGCUCAUAUAGCCUAAUUUUAAUGGCCAUUAGCUUUCUACAGUUGCACCCAAGAAUUGAUGCCCGGAGAGCUGAUGAAAACCUUGGAAUGCUUCUUGUAGAAUUUUUUGAACUCUAUGGAAGAAAUUUUAAUUACUUGAAAACUGGUAUUAGAAUAAAAGAAGGAGGUGCCUAUAUUGCCAAAGAAGAGAUCAUGAAAGCCAUGACCAGCGGGUAUAGACCUUCGAUGCUGUGCAUUGAGGACCCCUUGCUGCCUGGAAAUGAUGUUGGCCGGAGCUCCUAUGGGGCCAUGCAGGUGAAACAGGUUUUUGAUUACGCGUACAUUGUACUCAGUCAUGCUGUGUCACCGCUUGCGAGGUCCUAUCCAAACAGAGAUUCGGAAAGUACUUUAGGAAGAAUCGUCAAGGUAACUCAGGAAGUGAUUGACUAUCGGCGGUGGAUCAAGGAGAAAUGGGGCAGCAAGGUCCACCCAGCUCCCGACCUUGACAAUAGAAUUAAGAUAAAAGAGCGAAUAAACGCAUGUGAUGGGGAGCAGCCCCAGUGCCGAGACCCAGAGCCACCCUACAGCCAGCACCUGACCUUGUCUCUGCCCUGCCCUCAGCUUCUCUCCUCGGGAUCCUCUGCGUCUUCCGUGUCUUCACUUUCUGGAAGUGAUAUUGAUUCCGACACCCCGCCCUGCACAACACCCAGCAUUUACCAGUUCAGUCUGCAAGCACCCACUCCCCUACUGGCCAGCUUGCCCACCGCCUUGCCCAUGCCAAGUGGCAAGCCUCAGUCCACUACUUCCAGAACAUUGGUCAUGACAACUAACACUCAGACCAGGUUUACUAUACCUCCGCCGACCCUGGGCGUGGCCCCCAUUCCUUGCAGACAAGUUGGUGUUGAAGGAACUUCCGCACUGAAGGCCGUGCACCACAUGUCUUCCCCGGCCAUUCCAUCUACAUCUCCUAACCCGCUCUCCAGCCCUCAUCUGUAUCAUAAGCAGCACAGUGGCAUGAAGCUGGCCAUGAAAGGCUCUCACAACCACAGCCAAGGUGGCAGCUACAGCUCUGUGGGCAGUGGAGGUGUGCGACCCCCUGUGGGCAACCGAGGACACCACCAGUAUAACCGCACCAGCUGGAGGAGGAAAAAACACACGCACACGAGGGACAGCCUGCCUGUCAGUCUCAGCAGAUAA